AUGGAUUAUUCCGAUGAUGAUGUCAUGGUCAAUACUGAUUCAGGCGAGGAGAGUUUAUUGAGUGACAACCAGGUAGAUUCCGAUUAUGAAUUCACCGAUCAAGACAUGGACAACGCUUCCACAACAAAACGUUCUCAGCUUAGUUACUUAGUUCUCAAGGAAGACGACAUUCGCAAGCAUCAAAGAACCGAUAUUGAACAAGUUUCAACAGUUCUUUCAAUAAGCCAAGUCGAAGCAAUCGUUCUGCUUCUUCACUACCAGUGGAAUGUUAGUAAAGUCCAAGAUGAGUGGUUCACUGACGAAGAGAAAGUCCGUGAACUCGUUGGUAUACUGAAGGAGCCCGUCGUUGAUCUUAAUGACAGAGAAAUGAAUAUUGAAUGUGGAAUUUGUUUCGAGUCGUAUCCCCAAAAGGAAGUUGCAACCGUUUCUUGCGGUCAUCCUUAUUGCAAUGCAUGUUGGACCGGUUACAUCACUACAUCAAUCAAUGACGGUCCUGGUUGUUUGACGGUUAAGUGUCCUGAGCCUUCUUGUUCUGCCGUGGCAUGUCAAGAUAUGAUCGAUAAGGUCAUAACCGAUAAAGAACUUAAGGAGAAGUACUAUAGAUACUUUGUUAGAUCUUACGUUGAAGCUAGCGGAAACAAGAUAAAAUGGUGUCCGUCACCUGGAUGCGAAAACGCGAUUGAUUUUGAAAGUAGAAGUGGAAGUGAACACUACGAUGUUUCUUGCUUGUGUUCUCAUGAAUUCUGCUGGAACUGCGGUGAAGAUGCUCACCGCCCUGUGGACUGCGACACGGUGUCGAAAUGGAUAGCUAAGAACACUGAUGAAUCCGAGAACACGAACUGGAUACUUGCCAACACAAAGCCUUGUCCUAAUUGCAAACGUCAGAUCGAGAAGAGCAUGGGAUGUAACGUUAUGAGAUGCUCGAUUUGUAAAUGUAUGUUUUGUUGGAAUUGUCUUCGUCCAUUUACUGAUCACAAGAAGUGCAACAAGUUUGAGGGUGAUGAUGAGACUGAUAUUAACAAGAGAAAAAGGGCGAAAAGCUCAAUCGACAGAUACAUGCAUUAUUAUGAAAGAUGGUCAAGCAACCAGUCUUCGAGGGUAAUAGCCAUGGCAGAUUUGAAGAAAUUCCAGUCGGUGCAACUUAAGUUGCUUAGUCUCAGACAAGGCACAACAGAGUCUCAGCUCCAGUUCACCGUAGCACUACAAGAAAACUGCUCGAUUCCCAGGGAAGAUAUCCUCGGAAUGUCGUCGGAAUUCACGUAUUCCGACGACAAACCCAGGAAAUGA